AGCUUACUUUUCUAAUACCCCAUAUGGUCUUGUAAAAGUGAUAGGUGACACUUGGGAAGGGGAAGAACCUUCCGCAUUGAGGAGCUGGGCACUGGAGGAAAGUAGACCUGGAUUGAACCUUACUGCUGCCUCUUACUAGCUUAGUGAUCUUGGACAAUUGCUUGUCUCUCUUAGUCUCCGUUUUCUCAUCUGUGGAGUAAAUAAUGGAGGGAACAGCUGCCUUGGAAGGUUUGGAGGAGUGUGUGAGACCGUGUGAGUCAGUUGCUCACCACCGUGCCUGCUGGGGUUCGAGGGGCCCUAGUAAGUAGUGCCCUGUCUCUCCUCCGGAGUUCUGAACUAAUGAGGCACAUGGCCAACUGCCACCUCAGUUCCGGGCAAGGCUGGGUCAGAGCAUCAGACAGACCCCGGUGCUUGCUCACAGGAAAUGCCAGCUGCUGGGGCCCCUCAGGGGCCACUCCACCGACCCUGUGGCUUAGAGGGGCAGAGCGUGUGUCCCCGUGGAGCAGGUCGUGUGCUGCCUUCCUGUUAUUCUCCCAGACUUUCAUCCUGCAGCUCCUUUCAUCUCUGGGGAAGAGAAAGGGUCAGGCAAGUGGGCAGAGUACCUCGUGACAGCAGAGGCACAGGGACGAACGUUCCUUCCAGUGUCUGAUGGGAGUAGGGAUUCUGUGACCGCCUGUGCCGUGACAGUGUGCAGGGGACCAGGUCAGCAUCUGUGUGGACAGACUUGAGGAAUGCCGGGACAUACGACAAACGGGGGAGAGGUUGCAGAUGGACGAGUGUAGUGGGAUCCCAUUUCUGCUUUUGAAAAUCGAAUUUAUGUUACUAAGUGUGUAAUUGUAUUUGUUCAAGCAGGUGUCAGGGGACGCGUAUUGAAGCAGCUAACAGUGGUGACCUGUUGAAUUGGCGGAGGUUCUCAUUGUGUAGAUUUUGUCUGUGUCGUCUACGCUUCGUUACUCGAGGUUUUCUGUUGUUUCUGUUUUCUCAAUUGGCAUAAUUUACUUAUAGCUUGAAAAAAUAAAGUAAUUUUUAUAAGCAGCCAAAUACAUAUUUUUUAAACCAAGUUGUUGAGCCUUUAACUCUGAAGACCGUCCUCAGUGGGUACCUGCAGCAGCUUCGUCUGGGACGCGCCCCAGCUCCGCUGAGCCCUGCUGAGCCGCUCCCGGGGGCUGUGCUGGUGGGUGAAUUAGCACACAGGCCUCCUCGUCCUUGUUGCCAGUCACUGGUGUGUGGGUUCAGUUUCUUCUUUAUCACUGGGAGCCUUGGUCUGAGUAAUCAGCCUGUUUCUUAGCAUUACCUAAGCAUUAUUCAAGUCGCCAUAACAGAUUCAAAAUAGUGUUUCUAACAAAAAAGUUAACUUCUGGUUCCACUUUGCCUACCUGGGUGGCUCUGGCUGUCAAGGCCUCCUGGGAGCCUGGCCGCUUUGCCUCAUCAGGGUGUCGAGGUGGGGGUGUGUGGAGGUGGGGGCCUUGCGCACACGCAUUCCGUUUCCAGCUCAUUGGCUGGAGCUCAGUCAUGGGGUCACAGCUCUCUUCAGGGGACUCCAGGAAGUGUAGUCAUUGGCUGGGGGGCCACAUGCCUUCUCAUUUCCAGUUGUGUUUCUGUCACUCGGAGCAGAGAUUCUGGGCAGUCUUGAGUCGGCCACAGUUUACCCCACUGGCCACUCUUUGUCCCACACCAAGUACUUCCUCUGGCCCAGGCGGUGGGGCGUGGCUCUUUCAUCAGGUGCCAGUGCAGGUGCACACAGUCAGACUCUCAACUCAUCCCCGCGCCGGCCGCCCGGACUGUUGUCUCCAGCACCCACCGAAAGCAGUCUGACCAUAUGAACUUGCCCCUCAGGGAGGGGAAGAAUCGCCGCCCACGGCUGUGCUGGUUCCCAAAGGAAGAAGUGUCCUGACCAGGUGACCGCUAAAGGGAAGCAGUGCCAGGACCUGGGACCCAGCAGUCACUCCCAGGUCUACACCCAGCAGAAGCGAGGACCCUCAUCUACCAUGAGACAAGUACAGGAGUGUGUGCAGCCGCUCUGACUGUCACCCCAGACCACAGGCAGCUCAGGUGUUCGUGAGAAGUAAGAUGGUGACCUGUGCACGCAGUGGUGUGCCGUGCGCCAGUGAGAAGAGUGCGCUGCCUGCGGUGUUGACUUCCGCAGGCGGAGUGCUGAGCAGCCACUCUGUCCCUGGAGUUGGGUGUUGGAGGUGGAGCCCCAGAGAAGCCUUCUCAAGUGGAUGAAGUAGGUAGCUAAGAUGCACACUGGGGCAAAGAGUGUGGGCAGAGGAAGUAGUCCUCUUUCCCACUCUUUGAAUGUGUUUUACCGCCCACCUGCUCCACUAGAUUUCUGUCUCUUGACAAAGGGAAAAGAUGAUCUUAUUUUCCUUUAUUUCAGAUUCUGACCUAGGAAACAUGUGACAAGAAGGUGACUCUGGAGCCUGAAUUUCUGAGGAUGGAAAUCUGCCUGAGAACAUGUCAGAAACACUCACAGUGAUGGAACCCCCUGCCUCUGAGUCUGGGGCAUUCCCUGAACCCAGAUUAGAGGGACUUUUGGGAAACCCAGAGGGGAGCUGCCCCCCUCAGGAGGGCGGUUUCAGGGGGGUGACGAUUACCCAUUGGAAGAUCCAAGCAGGAGAGGCAGCUCGGGUGGGCAGUAAAUCAGGAGAAAGCCCAGUUCUAAGCUCAAACCUCCUCCUUCUCCAGAGAGAGCUUGUGGAAGGGGAAGCCCAUCAGUGUGAGAUUUGUGGCAAAAGCUUCACAUUUAACUCGGACCUAGUUAGACAUCAGAUUUCUCAUGCUGGGGAGAAACCUUACAGAUGUGAGCAGUGUGGGAAAAGCUUCAGCCAGAGCUCUCACCUUGUUGAGCAUCAGCGAGUGCACACUGGAGAAAGACUCUAUGUGUGCAACAUGUGUGGAAAGGACUUCAUUCAUUACACAGACCUCGCUGAGCACCAGAGAGCACAUACAGGAGGAAAACCAUUCCGAUGCAUGCAGUGUGGGAGAGCCUUCCAUCACAGCUCAGACCUGGUUCGGCACCAGCGAGUUCACACCCGGGAGAGGCCUUUUGAAUGCAAGGAGUGUGGGAAAGGCUUCAGCCAGAGCUCAUUGCUUAUUCGCCAUCAGAGAAUUCACACAGGAGAAAGACCUUAUGAGUGUAAUGAGUGUGGAAAGUCCUUCAUUAGGAGCUCGAGCCUUAUUCGACAUUAUCAGAUCCACACAGAAGUGAAACAGUAUGAAUGUAAGGAGUGUGGGAAGGCCUUCCGUCAUCGCUCAGACCUCAUUGAACAUCAGAGAAUUCACACUGGAGAGAGGCCCUUUGAAUGUAACGAAUGUGGGAAAGCCUUUAUUCGGAGUUCAAAGCUUAUUCAACAUCAGAGAAUCCAUACUGGGGAAAGGCCUUAUGUGUGCAAUGAGUGUGGGAAGCGCUUCAGCCAGACAUCAAACUUUACCCAGCAUCAGAGAAUUCACACUGGAGAGAAACUCUAUGAAUGUAACGAAUGUGGGAAAGCUUUCUUUCUGAGUUCGUACCUUAUUCGACACCAGAAAAUCCACACUGGAGAGAGAGUGUAUGAAUGUAAAGAAUGUGGGAAAGCUUUUCUCCAGAAAGCCCAUCUCACCGAACACCAGAAAAUCCACACUGGGGAUAGGCCCUUUGAAUGUAAGGACUGUGGGAAAGCUUUCAUUCAGAGCUCCAAGCUGCUUCUGCAUCAGAUUAUUCAUACUGGCGAAAAGCCCUAUGUAUGUAGUUACUGUGGGAAAGGCUUUAUUCAAAGGUCAAACUUCCUUCAACACCAGAAAAUUCAUACUGAAGAGAAACUCUAUGAAUGUAGUCAGUAUGGGAAAGACUUCAACUCAACCCCAAACUUUAAAAAUAAUCAAGGUGUUCACCAAGAGGGACUUCCCUUGAGUAAGACCGCCAUGCAUGUGGGUGAGAAGUCUGCAGGUCAGGGGGAACACACAAAUAACUUAUAAAAUAUUUACUCUCCAACUCAGUGAUGUUUAGAAGGAGUAGCAUGACUCCUAACUGGUAUGACUUUGGAUGUGUCGGCUUUUUCCAAAGUCCUCGAUAGGGCCGCUUUCAGAUUGGGCUGUCACCUACCACUGCGCAGCAGCACUGGGCUGCUGUCCUCCCCACUACGAAUGUGUGACGUCAGGAGAGCCACGUGACUGGACAGCUGAUGGAGCUGGAAUAAUGCUGGGGGAGGGGCUAGGUCUAAAGAAGCUUUCUGCGUGUUACUGCACAGUUACAGUCCAUCCGAGUUAAAAAUACUUUUUAAAGCAGAACUAUGUAUCUAAUCUUAAUACUUAAAAGAAUAUCACAUGGUUAAUUUUGGUCUAUCAAAAAGGCAAGUUGGAGAAAGACCUUCGUUAUUUCAAACCACAGGUUGGUUCCCCGUUGUCCUUAGGAUAAUUUCCAAGCUCCCAGUCCUGCUUUCUAAGGCCUUUUGCUUCCUGGAAUUUUAUCUCCCACUCCUUAACCUCCCGCCGCAGCAGCUCUAACUGCUUGACAUUCCCGCUUAACCCAAGCUGUACUUGCCUCCUCUUUGUCCUUGUCUGAACGCUCUCCACUGCACACCUGGUUAGCUCCUUACCAGGAGUCAAGACCCAUGUUAGGCUCAGCCAGCUACCCCUCUGUGCUCGUGUUGCUGGCGUGCACUUCUGUUACUGCACUUGCUUUGGUGUAUCAAAAUGAUGUUCUUAUCUACCAUCUCUCACUAGUACACUACUAAUUCCUUAAGGACUUGGUCAUAGUCGAUGGGUUCAUGUGUCCGUGGCACCUGGUGCAGGGCAGUAAGAAGCGUAGCUGGAUCUGUGUGUCACUGGCUCUUCUCUCCCUUGUGCUGCUGUAGUUUACGUUUUUGGGUUUUGUUGUUUUGUAACAGUAUAAUUUGCUGGUCUGCUGGAAGUAUCUUCUCUCUCAGCUCUGUUGAUGUCUUCUGCUUCUGUGUAACUUGGAAGUUGUAAGCAGUAGCUAGUGGAAGACCAGCGCGCCUCGUGUUUAUGCCUUCAGAGCUCACCCAUGACCGUCUCCUUGCUGUUGGGGAGUGUUGUCUUCACCUGGCUGCCUGUGUAUUUUUCUAAUCCACUCAAGGGGCACACAAUCGCAGUGCACUGCUCAAGGUUUCCUGUCUCAGCAGUUCCACGAUUGACCUCAUCUCUUAUGGUCACUUUCUCUGCUUUCUGGCUCAUUUUGUCAUUUAUCUGAAAAUGUAUUGAUCUAAAAGGACUGGGUCUGAACACUUGGGAAACAGAUGAAAUUGUUGAUUCUGAUGGGGAAGACAGAUCAUUGCAUAGAGUUAAGUGCUGAAGUAGAAGUUCCACAUUGUGUAGGAACAUAGGUAAGGAGGAGACUGAUCUGUUGUGGAGGAUCUGGGCCAGCUUCACAGAAGAGGUGACCCUAGAACUGAGAGAGCGAGUGCCAUGGCAGCUAGAGAAGAGGAUGACCUGGGAGAGGAAUCUGUAGAUACGGAGAGGGGCAGUAGACAUAUCUUUGGGGAGCUGUAGUACACAGUAGAUAAUGGUCUACCCAACUUUCAGUUGCUGCCUCUGAUUUUCUUUUCUCUGAACAUUAACAAAAACAACCAGUUUUGAAAUUACAUGACCCCCCCCCAAUAUGGGCAUAUUCUGAGUUUUUAAAUUCCAGCAACACUAGAAACCUUCAGGGGUAAGUGAUAAAGAGGGGCAUACAGUACAUCUUCUGGAAAAUCAUUACUAGAGAUGUUACAGAUGGUACAGAAGAGAGAUUAUCAAGGCCAUUUCAAUCAACUUUGGUGACAUCUAUUUUCCAUACAGUAAAACAUAUUUAAAGUGUACAGAGUUUUGAGAAACCAUAUACCUGUGUAACAACCAUUAGAAUAAAGAAAAAUAAUGUUCUUAUCAUUCAAACAGGUUCCCUUUUGCCCUUUCCCAGUUAGUUGUGCCCUAGUCCCAAAUACCUGCUUUGGGUCAGUGUAGAUUAGUUUCACUUGUAGGGCUUCACAUAAAUGGACCCAUACAGUAUAUAAUUCUAUGUGUCUUGACUUCUUUUGCUUUGGCAUGUUGUAAAGACUCAACCAAGUAGUUAUGUGUUUGGGUGUCUCUCUGCUGAGUAGUGUUCUAUUGAACGGACAAACUUUUGUUCAUCGCCUGUUGAUAGAAAUUUGGGUUUCCAGAUUUGGCUUUUAUGAAUAAAACUGCUAUGAGCAUUUGUGUAAAAGUAUUUAUUUGGACAUGCCUCUUUAUUUUUCUUGGGCUAAUGCAUAGGAACUUAAUUUCUGGGUUAUGAGUGUGUUUUCAUAAGAAAUGGCCAAAAAUUCUCCAUAGUGGUUGCACCAUUUCACACUCUUC